AUGACCGCCGGCCGGUCAAAAGCUGAAGCUGGCAGUGCGCCGCCUCCGCCAACACCGCCGCCUCCUCCUCCCGGCCCAUUGGGAAGCACACCGACUCCCAGUGUUCCUUCAAUCAAGCGGCCAAUUGUGGCACCGACUGGCCCUGGAGGUUCAUUUCUCGUGGAAUUGAUAACCUACAACGGAGCACCUUUUAAAGACCACUGGGCAUACUGGGUCCGCUCACAGAGUGAUCCCGACAUCGGGGUCCAGUUGCACGCCACUGGAGAUGUAAGAAAUGGAUUUUCACUCGAAUUCAAGCGAAGCCAUGACCUUAGAGAUACUGGAAAUAUUCCUUCUACAAGAAUUCCGUUGCAGUGGGUUGAUGGCCGGUACUUUGAUGAGAAGACAAUGCUCAAUAACGGCAUUCACAAGCUCGAUACCGUGCCGGUCUGUAUGUUUGAGGCCUCGGCAAGCAAAGUUGAUGCGCCUGGGAAGACACUAAACUCAAUUAGUACCACGACCUGGAUCGUUGAGUCGGCAGAUCAACUUGUCAAGGAUGGAAUUUUCAAAGCAGAGACUGCGGCCUAUCUUCGCAGUGUCGAACAGUGA